AUGGUGGAGCAGAGCCCUUUUGCAUCCUCCACUGAGGCAACGUCCUCGAUGUGGGAAGGCAACGGCACAGCGUCCCCGUCAGAGGCCGGCAAGAGAGCUGAAAUCGUACCACAGAGCAUCAUGGGGGCUGAACUAGCUUCCAGGAGGUCUCAUUCCACACCAGACAUGGCAAUCUUUCAAGCGCGGGGCGACCAUGCUGGGGAGUCUGCGCCUUCCUUCAGCUUCCAUGGUGGUUCCCUUAGAAGUGACCAGGGGCAGUCCAUAGCACCUAGGCGCAGUGUCAGCAUGCCGGAUGGGCAGAGCCCGAGGCUGUUGACCGAUGCUGAGCUCAUUGUGCUGGCUGAUCGCAUGCAGCAUGGUCUGAAAGUCCGGGACAGGGUGCACCAUUUCAAAAAGUACCCCUGCUGCUUCACUGGCGCUGACGCUGUGAAGUGGUUCAUCCGCAGCGGCAAUGCAGGCAGUGAAGGUGAGGCAGUGCUGCUGGGAAAUGACAUGUUGCGUGCCGGCCUACUCCAUCAUGUGAAGUACAAGCGUCCUUUUGAAAAGAACGGCAACCUGUACAGGUUUCUGGAUGUGCCCAGUGGCGCUUCAGACAUCACAGAUGACUCACACACAGAUGGUUCAACCCUCUCACACCCGGAAGCCCAAGACUUCACCAGGCGGGGAGUUGGCACGCUGGGCCAGGGGGCGGCGCUGCGAGGAACCCAGCACGAGCCUUGGUCCACCGCUGCCGAGCUUGCGCACCUGCAGCGGAGGGUGUCUGAGCUGGCAGCUGAGCUGGAGGAGCACAAGGAGCUGAGCAAUGUGAUGCUGGACUCGAUGACGCUGCAGCUGAAGAACGAGCAGCAGCUGUUCGCCCUGCAGCAGCACAGGCUGGAGAGGGCGAUAAGGAGGGGCACAUGGAUCGCAAUCCAGCUGCAGGUGGUGUGGGUGGCCCUAGUGGCACUGCUCUCCUGGCUGGCUCAGCGCCACCUGUCACAGCAGCAGCCCUCCUUCCUGGGCGGCCUGGCACAGGCUGCAGUCCCCGUGCUGGCUGCCAUAUCCACCCUGGCUGUGCUGGGGUGCCGGCCGUGGCUGCUGGCGCCACCAACGAAGCUGCCGAAAACCGAGGCGGCGCCGGCGCCGGCGCCGGGGGAAGCUGAGGCGCAGCUGGAGGUGCCGGAUGGGGAAGCUGAAGGGAAGAUGCAGGAAGGAGCAGAGGUGGACGUCACGGCUGAUGCUGCAUCGGGAAGCUUGGAGGAGCGGAGAGUGCAGCUGUCUGCGCUUAACAAGGAUGAUUUGGAGGGGUUGGAGCGGCCGCCGUCCGACGAGGACUUUGCAGGAUGGCCGGACGCGCCUUUGCUGAUGAGAGCUGCGCCGCUGCCCUACCAGCAGCUGGAGAGUGGAAUCGACCCCUGCGCAAUUCGUGUCAACGAUGGCAGGAGGAUUGAGUUUGAGACAGAGCUCUUCAAGGGCUGUGCGGUCGUGUGGGCUCGCGGGCUCAGCUCAGCCCCAGAGGGGCUGUUUGCUGGGGAGAGGCGCAAGACAAGCAUCACCUUCCAGGGGCGCUUCAAGAGGGCUCUGGCAGUGGAGGAUGUGGUGACUGGACAGGAAUUCGUUCGGCGCCCCAAAAACCUUCCUGCCAUGUGGCUGGUUGAGAAAGUCCUCAUCAAGCUGGCGAAGAAGAUCAGUCCCAGCAUGGACAUAGGGCCCCUGUCUGCGCCGUACCUGUUGGCGCCUGUUUUGGCGAUGGCCCAGCUUGUGAAUGUCAGCGAGCCGGGGCAGCAGCCGGACCUAUCCCAGCCCAUUCCUGAGGACAUGCGCUUGUUCGACCCCAGCCUCAUAGAUAGCCAUGGGGGCCCAAUGGAUGCGCUGAAGCGCAAGAAGCACUUUUGGGAUCCGAGGCACCGGGCAGGUCAUGAUUUCACACCGGAGCAUGUCUGGACGUUCCAGCUGUACCAGCACUUUGUGGAUUUGGGCUCGUAUGAGCUCAACAUCUUAUAUGGCUUUGACCUCGGACGCCACCUGGACGGCCAGCCGCUGCAGUUUAUGCUCAAGGACAGGGACAGUGGACAGUAUCUGUGCAAUUUCCAUGCCUGGCACGAGAAGCUGUUGCCUGCUGCUCGAGCUGCGCAUGAGAGCUCCGACAAAAUGACAGCACAGCCCUGCAGUGACUAA